AGCAACAUCAACCAACCCACUACUACAUCUCACCCCACACUCCAAAAUACACAAUGGCAUUCGCGUGGAAAGCUUCAGGUCUUACGUAUGUCCUCCUAGGUCUUCAGUUCCUCGGAGCCUACUCAAUGGCUGGCAGGACAAGUGCUCGCAAUCAACCCAGACUGACAGGUUUUCUUUCACAGCUACAACAAAUAUCUCUCCGUCGCCGCACGAGUCGUCCGACGCAGCUUGAAGGAUGACAAGCGAUUGGCAGCCGAGAAGAGAGGAGAGAUGGAAUUGAGAUUCGCCAAGUGGAACGUGAGUUGAUGAAGUCCUGAUCUGUGGAUGAUCUUGGGAUGGGAAUAUGGACUGACUGGUAUCUUUCGGAAACAGAACGGCAAGCAGGGAGAGAUGAAGAGCGUUGCGGACGCAAAUGCUGCUUCAAUAGCUGAGUCUACGCUAUCAUCUUAGGGUGUGGAAUAUAUUGGAAGGACCGGAAGGAUGAAGAGAGGAUGAGUCCAAGGGCGACGACAUUGUACAUUGUAUCAUUCAUGGUCGAGAGCCUCCAACACCACAAUUAAAGAGA